ACAGGGCGGAUCGAGUUACUGAACGCCCCAUCUUUAAGCUCCAGUCGCUGCUCCGUUAGCCGCAGGACAACAAGAGAGGAAAGGACGGGACACUGGCCGUCGGGGACAGAAACAGCUCCACACUCAUGCCUUGAUAAAGGAGGAGAGUCCAUGUCCACCUGAGGGUCUAAAAAUGAUAGAAACAAUGGAUACCCAGCGUGCCUUGCAGGCGGUGGAGCGUCUCCAGGCCAAACUGAAGGAGCGGGGGGAGGUGCCCACCGAGGAGAAGCUCAGCCUGCUCAAAUCGGUGCUUCAGAGUCCCCUGUUCCACCAGAUCCUGGCCUUGCAGAAGUCCGUCCAGCAGCUCAAAGACCAGGGUAACGCCACGUCAUUGAGAGGUAGUGACCUCGGUGAUCACGGUAACCCCACUGUGAGCCAUGUUUCCUACUCAGACACUUCCGCUGCUUCACACACCAACGGGAAAACACCACUGGAGGAGUUCGAACAUAUUAUUCACUCUAUGGCACAGGGGCGCUACGUGACGCACGUGGAGCUGCAGAAGCCAUCGUCAGGAGGCCUUGGCUUCAGCGUGGUGGGGCUGAAGAGCGAGAACCGCGGGGAGCUCGGCAUCUUCAUUCAAGAAAUCCAGCCGGGGAGCGUUGCUCACUGCGACGGAAAGCUCCGAGAAGCGGACCAGAUCUUAGCCAUAAACGGUCAGCCGCUGGAUCAGACGGUGAGCCACCAGCAAGCCAUAGGCCUCCUGCAGAGCGCGUCUGAGAAGGUGCAGCUCAUCGUGGCCCGAGGCCCCAUCCCCCAGUUGACCAGUCCCGUGGUGUCCCGCACGCCUUCGGCUGCCAGCACGCUGUCGGCCCACUCCAGCGCGUGGCAGCACGUGGAGACGAUCGAGCUGGUGAACGACGGCACUGGUCUUGGUUUCGGUAUUGUUGGAGGAAAAACCACAGGAGUUAUCGUUAAAACGAUCCUUCCUGGAGGCAUAGCUGAUCAGGAUGGGCGUUUGCGAAGCGGGGAUCACAUCCUGAGAAUUGGGGACACAGACCUGUACGGGAUGGGCAGUGAACAAGUGGCCCAGGUCCUCAGGCAGUGUGGCAACAGGGUGAAGCUGGUUGUUACCAGGGGUCCUGUGGAGGAGACCCCACCAUCCGCCGUCAUGUCUGUGGUGCUCCCCACUGUCACCGAGCAGCAGGGCGGUGAGGAAGAGGAGGCUGAAACAUUCGAAGUGGCCCUAACCAAGAACACACAGGGACUGGGAAUCACCAUCGCUGGCUAUGUCGGAGAUAAAAACUCAGAGCCUUCAGGGAUCUUUGUUAAAAGCAUAACAAAGGACAGCGCGGUAGAUCAAGACGGCCGUAUUCAUGUUGGAGACCAGAUAAUUGCUGUGGACGGCGUAAACAUCCAGGGAUACACCAAUCAACAGGCAGUGGAAGUGCUCAGACACACCGGCCAGACGGUCCAACUUAAGCUGAUCCGACGGGACUUUGGGCCUGACGAAGUCCCCCCUGUCGCACACCCCACUGUCUCCGUCUUGUCCCCUUCUGCCACCAUCCCCGCCACCGCCACCGUCAUGAAGGAGAUGGAGCUGGAGAAGAAGGCAGAUGAGCUGGUUCAAGUUGCCUCAGUCGAGAAGCAUAAUUUAACUACGAAUGAAAGAUCUGAUGUUGGCCCGGCAGUAGAUCAGCUGCCAGAAGACAAACACGAAUUGAAGUUAUCUCCGUUUGAAGAAGAAGAGCUAAUGAAGAAAUGGCAGGAGAUUCUUGGUCCAAGUAAUGAAGUUAUAAAUAAUAUAGAGCUCAGCAGAGCGGUAGUUGAAGACUCAGAGGUGAAGGCUGUUACAGCGACACAGGAUUCUAUGACCGAGGAGGCGAUAGGAGCUCCUCUGGCCAUGUGGGAGUCGGAGGUCCAGAAUAUCGAGCUGGAGAAAGGAGAAGGGGGGUUGGGAUUCAGUAUUUUGGAUUACCAGGACCCGCUGGACCCCACCAAGUCGGUGAUCGUGAUCCGCUCUCUGGUUCCGAACGGCGUGGCGGAGAAAGACGGCAGGCUGCUGCCAGGGGACCGACUCAUGUACGUGAACGCCACGGACCUGGAGCACGCCAGCCUGGAGGACGCCGUCCAGGCCCUGAAGGGGGCCAAACUGGGCAAGGUUCAGAUCGGGGUCGCCAAGCCGCUGCCUCCGAGGGCGUCCUUUACCGAGCAGAACCGGCAUUGAUCGACACCAGUGAAGCUGACCUGUCCGACGAGAAGGCCUGGUUGGAUCACGCCUGCUCUGGGAUGGAGGACGACACUUUCCAAGCCUCCAUGAUCGCGCUCCACGGCAGCAGCUGCGGUGCCGACCUGGAUUUYCUGCACUCAUCCACACCCAGGCUGWCAGCUCGCCUGAACGUGUUGGACGAGCAUCCGAGCUUCGCCGCCUCGUCGGACUCCACAGGCAACUCUCCGGCGUUCUCUCCGGAGAAGUCGGCCUCUUACACUCCGGCGAGUCUGACGGGUCACAUCCCGGCUAUUAGUGCCAUCCUAAGCUGCUCGGAUCAAUACUUGGCACAGCACCCGAGCCAAGAAGAGCUGGCGGAGUGCUCCGACUCGUACGGCCCCUUCGCUGAAGCGGGAGGCAGAUCUGCAGCCCAAGAGGCCGCAGCGGAGUCUAAUCAAUGUCAGCUGGAAUCUGCKAUUUGCUUGGGAGAUACUUUGAAGGACGAGGACGCCGGUGUGAAAGAAUCUGCCGGAGACGGUGACAAAGCAGCGCUGACCCCCGGGAGCAGUUUUGAAAGGACUAUCACAGUUGUCAAGGGCAACUGCAGCCUCGGCAUGACCGUGAGUGCCAUGAAAGAUGGUUUGGGUAUGCUGAUCCGCAGUAUAAUCCACGGGGGGUCCAUUAGCCGUGAUGGACGGCUAGGGGUCGGCGAUCUAAUCCUAGCCAUCAAUGGAGAGCCCACCACCAAACUGACCAACGUUCAGGCUCGAGCCAUGCUCAGGAGGCACUCUCUCAUCGGACCAGACCUGGGAUCUGCUUGUGCACCUGAGGACGAUCUGUGCCCGUUUUAUGUCAUUACUUAUGUCCCUGCUGAGUACCUGGAGGAAUACAAGGCCAGCUUGGAGCAAACUAAAGACAACGUCUUCGCAGCACCAAAAGAUACUCCCCACCUCCCUGAGCGUGAAGAUGGAGAGGGAGAGGAGAGCGCUUCGUACAGCAGCUGGAACCAACCCAGAAAGGUGGAGCUUUUCAGAGAGCCGGGCAAAUCUCUGGGGAUCAGCAUCGUCGGAGGCCGAGGGAUGGGCAGCCGUCUGAGCAACGGAGAAGUGAUGAGGGGCAUUUUUAUCAAACACAUCCUGGAGGACAGUCCUGCGGGACAGAACGGGACCCUGAAGACAGGGGACAGGAUUGUGGAGGUUGACGGAGUAGACCUGAGGGAUGCGAGUCAUGAAGAGGCUGUGGAAGCCAUACGGAGAGCAGGCAACCCUGUUUCCUUCCUGGUCCAGAGUAUUAUCCACAAACCCAGGAAGCCCCCCCUGCCCUUUCUGCAGCUAAAUAACCACCGGCAGCCCGGCCUUGGCCACCCUAAUCAAAGCUACUUAGCAGCGGCCCUCCCUCAGCAACAGCCAUCGAUAUCGGAGUCGAACGAGGAGCGAGCUGCUGCCAUGACGAAGGAGAUCAAGGACAAGGAGGGUGAAAGUCACAGUAGACUUUUUCUCCGCCUCUCCCCAACUAACCCUUUCACUCCUACCCCGUUUAAGCUGGCGAAGCGUGAAGCGGCAAAGGCGUCUCCCAGCGGCGCUGUCCUACCGCUGCUGCCCCACGUGGGAGAGAGCGACACGGACGCGCUCGCCGAGAAUCCCGACAGGACUACAGGAAUGGUGGGGGAGGCGGAGGAGGAGGAGGAGGACGAGUUUGGGUACAGCUGGAAGAACAUAAUCCAGCGCUACGGCAGCCUCCCAGGAGUCCUCCACAUGAUUGAGCUGGAGAAAGGGAAAACCGGUCUGGGUCUGAGUCUGGCGGGGAACAGGGACCGCUCCCGCAUGAGUGUGUUCGUGGUGGGAAUAGACCCGAACGGUGCGGCCGGCAGGGAUGGACGGAUGUUUGUGGGAGAUGAGCUGCUGGAGAUCAAUGGACAGGUUCUGUACGGUCACAGUCAUCAAAAUGCUUCAGCUAUAAUCAAGAGUUCUCCAUCUAAAGUUAAAAUCAUCUUCAUCAGGAACACAGAAGCACUGAACCAGAUGGCCGUGGGACCUGUGAGGGAGCACGAGGGAGAUGCAGAGGAGCCCCAUGCYGAGCCAAAAACAGCUGCAGCUGACGACGACGUUUCAAAACAGCUUGUCGUAACGCUGGAGGUGGGACGGCAGGAAGACGGAGGACCUGGCAUCACCUUUGUCGACGAGAACACAAAGUCUGGCGUUGAGAUGCAGAGUGCGUCUGAAGGGAUGGGACCUGCUGAAAAAGGCUGCAUGAAGCCAGGAGAUAAACUCUUAGCUGUUAAUGGAGAAUCAGUGCUCGGAUACACUGUUGAAAAAUCGACUUGUCCGGACAGAGGGAGCUCAGRGGAACUCGCCAUCAGCCUACCCAGCAUGCCUAUCACCACCUCAAACACYUUAAGUCAACCAGAGGCAGAAGUUGUCACAAGUCUCAGUCGCUCAUCCUCCCCGUCCACUCUGACCUGCGACCCAGCGACCUGUCCCAUCAUCCCCGGCUGUGAGACCACCAUUGAAAUCUCCAAAGGCCACACGGGGCUGGGCCUGAGCAUCGUGGGAGGCUGUGACACCCUGCUGGGAGCCAUCAUCAUCCAUGAAGUUUAUGAAGAAGGAGCCGCCUCCAAAGAUGGCAGACUGUGGGCGGGGGACCAAAUCCUGGAGGUAAACGACAUCGACCUGCGAGCGGCCAGCCAUGACGAAGCCAUCAACGUGCUGCGGCAGACCCCGCAGAGGGUUCGGCUCUCGGUCUACAGGGACGAAGCUCAGUACAAGGAGGAGGAUCUGUGGGACUCCUUCACCGUGGAGCUGCACAAGAGGCCCGGUCAGGGUUUGGGCCUGAGCAUCGUGGGGAGAAGAAACGACACGGGGGUGUUUGUGUCCGACGUCGUGAAGGGCGGCCUGGUGGACKCGGACGGUCGGCUGACGCAAGGCGACCAGAUCCUGUCGGUCAACGGCGAAGACGUCCGGUCGGCCACUCAGGAGGCCGUGGCCGCCCUGCUCAAGUGCUGCGUGGGSCCGAUAAAGAUCGAAAUGGGGAGGUUCAAGGCGGGACCCUUUCACUCGGAAAGAAGGCUUUCUCAAAGCAGUCAGAAAAGCGACACAGGCAGCACUAAGGUGGCCCAUCUAUCUGCUUCGGACCCUGGAAAUCUCCCCGGUGAUUCAGACCAACCAAACAAAAGCCCGGAGCGUACGGCUGCAGACCAGGACGUGAGAACGGUGGAGCUCACCAAAGGCCCCAGUGAUUCUCUAGGAAUCAGUAUAGCAGGCGGAGUGGGCAGCCCUCUGGGCGACAUCCCCAUCUUCAUCGCCAUGAUGAAUCCGGCCGGCCUGGCUGCUCAGACGCAGCUCAAGAUCGGAGACCGAAUCAUCAACAUUUGUGGCACCUCUGCUGAAGGCAUGAGUCACUCACAAGCUGUCAGUCUGCUCAAGAACGCCACGGGCACAAUCCAACUGCAGGUGGUGGCAGGUGGCGACACCACCGUGACGGGUCCCUGUCAGACGCAGGAGGGCGGGGCUCUGACUCCCAGCUGCAUCUUCCAGGACGACAUGAGCCCACCUCAGUAUAAGACCAUCACUCUCGAACGAGGACCUGACGGACUCGGUUUCAGUAUCGUCGGAGGACACGGCAGUCCCCAUGGAGACCUGCCAAUUUACGUUAAAACCGUUUUUGGAAAGGGGGCGGCAGCAGAGGACGGACGYCUGACGCGUGGAGACCAGAUCAUCGCCGUUAACGGUCAGACUCUGGAGGGCGUCACUCACGAAGAAGCCGUGGGCAUCCUGAAAAGGACCAAAGGAACCGUGACGCUCACGGUGCUGUCGUGAACGCACAAACUCRGACACGCUCUACAGUAUGUAUUCCUGCAGCCAAUGUCCUGCAAACAGCGAAACACCACAGCAGUAUGGAGUCAUGCAGUAUCUCACCAGGAACUGUAGAUAUUAUAUAAGCAACUAGAUUAUCAUGAAGAACCGUAUAUUGCUCAUGUUUAGGUCUGAAACACUGAGAAGAGAUCAACUAGAGCAGGGGUGGGCAAUCCUGGUCCUCGAGGGCU